GGACAAGCGCAGUGCGCACGUGCGCUCGAGCGACGGCCCGAUGGCUGUGUUUGGCUCCUUUUCCGCUGUUGCUGCGGUGCCCUGGCUCUGGCGACGGAUCGCGCACGGGGCCGUGGGGCUCCGGAGACUUUGCCCCGGGAAGGGCUACGCUGUGGGCCUCGCUCAGGUGAGGACUGCGCAGAGCCUGCCUACCUUUGGGUUCCUGUUGGACAUCGAUGGAGUGCUGGUGCGGGGCCACAGAGUGAUCCCUGCCGCCCUGGACGCCUUCCGCAGGCUGCUGAAUGCCCAGGGGCAGCUGCGGGUGCCUGUGGUCUUUGUCACAAAUGCUGGGAACAUCUUACAAGACAGCAAAGCCCAGGAGCUGUCAGCCCUGCUGGGCUUUAAGGUGGAGCCAGACCAAGUUAUUCUCUCUCACAGCCCCAUGAAGCUCUUCUCACAGUACCACGGGAAGCGGAUGUUAGUGUCCGGGCAGGGACCCCUGGUGGAAAAUGCCCGAGAACUGGGCUUCAAGAACGUGGUUACUGUGGAUGAGCUGCGGACGGCCUUCCCUGUGCUGGACAUGGUGGACCUCCAGCGGCGGCCAAAGACCACGCCCCUUCCAAGGAACGACUUCCCUGCCAUUGAAGGGGUGCUGCUCCUUGGGGAGCCAGUCCGCUGGGAGACAAGCCUGCAGCUGAUCAUGGAUGUCCUUCUCAGUGAUGGGAACCCUGGGACUGGUCUGGCGAUGGCCCCCUAUCCCCAUCUGCCUGUUCUGGCCAGUAACAUGGAUCUCCUUUGGAUGGCUGAAGCCAAGAUGCCCAGGUUUGGCCACGGCACCUUUCUGUUGUGCCUGGAAACCAUUUACCGCAAAGUGACAGGCAGAGAGCUGAGAUACGAGGGCCUGAUGGGCAAACCCAGCAUCCUCACUUACCAAUAUGCAGAGGACCUGAUCAGGCAGCAGGCGGAAAGGCGGGGCUGGGUCGCCCCCAUCCAGAAGCUCUAUGCUGUAGGUGAUAACCCUAUGUCUGAUGUCUACGGUGCCAACCUGUUCCACCGAUAUCUGCAGAUGGCGCAGCACGAUAGAGCAAAGGAGCUGGGAGCCGGCGACCUGUGGAAGCAGCGGCCCUCAGCAGCCCAGAGCUGCACCUCCAUCCUGGUGUGCACUGGUGUGUACAGCCCCAAGGCCCUAGGGUCCACAGAGCCUGCCCAGGACGGAGAGGAACCUCCCUUCCACGGGCACCGAGACUUCAGCUUCAGCCCAGAGCUCAUGGAGGCAUCCCACAUUGUGAAUGAUGUGGAUGAGGCUGUGCGGCUGGUUUUCCACCAGGAGGGCUGGGCUUUGUAGAGAGGACCAUGCACUGGAGACAGGGCGGGAGGGUGCCCUGAGCUGUGGGGAGUCACUUUUGCUGUCUUCUGGCCUGCAUCACUGGGCAUCACAUUAGGGCUUGCUCCCAGGAUGCUUUUCCUGCUGCCCACUGCUGUGAUACUACUGGUCACUCAGAAGUCGACACUGGCUUUUUCUCCUGCUGGAAGUAGCCACAGAAUUGUACCCUGGGUAGCAUUUUGGAUAGACUAUCAGGAUUUCCUGGGUUUACUUCCUGCCUGCCUCUCCUGGCAGUCUGACCUCAGCCCAGUCCCUUUACCUCUGUGCCUCAGUUUCCUCCUCAUUUCAGUAGGGACUUCUGGAAAAAGGGGAGGUAAUACGGAGAUCUCUGCAGGACCUUUGCCUGCGUGCCAGCAAGGUGUGUAACUAACACUCAGAUGCUACGUUUUUUGUUGUUUUUUUGUAUUUCAGCUUAUUGCCCAAAGACUUGGGCUUAUUUUUUUUUUAAUUAAAAUAAUCAUAAUAAAUAUUCAUUAUGCCGUC